CGGGUCGGGCUCUGCGGCUCCCGAUUCUCCCCUCUGCCUGCAUGUGUGUUGGAACAGCGGCUGCUUCCCUCAGUGCAGGAGUUAAAGUGCCCUCCCACAGACAUGGCCGACGAGGACCUUAUCUUCCGUAUGGAAGGGAUUGAUAAUGCUAGAUUGACUGAACUGACCUCUGGAAAUUAUCUGGAUGCAGACAGUGAUGAUGAAGACAACUAUUAUAUCUGCCCAAUAACUGAUGAUCCAGUUUCUAACAAGUCUGCCAGUAGUAAAGUUGACAAUUAUUACAGCAACUUAGCCAAAACCGAGCAGUACAGUUCCAGCUCUUCUCCUAGAAACUCCUUUAACUACAAGAAUGACACACAGCAUCGCUCUAAGCACGGCUCUGUGGUUGACCGUAGUCGGGAAACCUGGAAACAUGCUAUUGAGAAAGCUAAGCACAUGCCUGAUCCCUGGGCAGAAUUUCAUCUUGAGGACAUCGAGACCGAACACGCCACUCGCUACAGGUACAAUGCAGUUACUGGGGACUGGGUUGAAGAUGAAGUUCUCAUCAAGAUGGCUUCACAACCCUUUGGCCGUGGAGCAAUGCGAGAAUGUUUCAGAACGAAAAAGCUAUCCAACUUCUUACACACUCAGAACUGGAAAGCUGCCUAUAACUACGUUGCCAAGCGGUACAUAGAGAGCGUAGGCAGGGAGGUGUACUUUGAGGAUGUCCGACUUCAGAUGGAAGCAAAGCUCUGGGGAGAAGAGUACAACCGGCACAAACCACCCAAGCAGGUGGAUAUAGUACAGACCUGUAUUAUCGAAAUGAAGAACAGACCCGGAAAGCCUCUCUUUCAUCUGGAACAUUACAUUGAGGGCAAAUACAUCAAAUACAACUCAAAUUCUGGAUUUGUGCGAGAUGACAACAUUCGGCUUACUCCGCAAGCCUUCAGUCACUUCACAUUUGAGCGCUCAGGACAUCAACUCAUUAUUGUCGAUAUCCAGGGAGUUGGAGAUCUUUACACAGACCCUCAAAUCCAUACAGAGAGUGGUACAGAUUUUGGAGAUGGCAACCUAGGUGUUCGAGGUAUGGCCUUAUUCUUUCAUUCUCAUUCCUGUAACAAGAUUUGCAAAAGCAUGGGCCUUGCACCAUUUGACCUUUCAUCCAAAGAAAAAGAUGCCUUGGAUCAUAGUAACAAAUUGCUUGAAUCAGCUCAGACAAUUCUGCGUGGCACAGAGGAGAAAUGUGGCAGCAGCAGGGUGAGAACCAUCUCUGGUAGUCGGCCUCCCCUGCUCUCCCGCCUGUCUGAGAACUCUGGAGAUGAAAGCAUGAGUGAUGUGGCAUUUGACUCUCUGCCCUGCUCUCCUUCUUCUGCAACCCCCCACAGCCAAAAGAUGGACGUGCUUCAUUGGCCCGUGUUCAAUGAAGUAGAUAAUUUGGUUCACAAAGACUCUGAUCAGCUUGAUAACCAAAGGGAUUUUGAAAAUGGUGGAGACAGUGGAUAUCCCAGUGAGAAGAGAAGUGAGCUAGAAGAUCUGGAUCAUAGAGAGAAGGGCCAUUCAAACAACAACCGAAGACAUGAAUCUGAUGAAGACAGUUUGGGAAGCUCUGCAAGGAUAAGUGUGGAGAAAUGGAAUCUCUACAAUUCUUCCAGAGUCCACAUCCACAGACCAUCCUGCGUUGCUCAAGAAAUUCAGAGGCUCAAUGCACUAGAACUUGAAAAGAAAAUUGGGAAGUCAAUCCUUGGGAAGGUUCAUCUGGCCAUGGUUCGUUACCAUGAAGCUGGGCGUUUCUGUGAGAAGGACAAAGAUUGGGAUCGUGAGUCGGCUCUGUUCCACCUGGAGCACGCUGCAGACUGCGGGGAGCUGGAAGCCAUUGUGGGGUUAGGACUCAUGUGCUCUCAGCUGCCACAUCACAUUCUUUCUGAGGUCACUUUAGAGGACACAAAGGAGAACAGAAAAAAGGGAUUUGAUUACUUGCUGAGAGCAGCAGAAGCUGGAGACCGGCCUUCCAUGAUUCUGGUAGCAAGAGCAUACGAUACAGGUGUCAAUCUAGGUUCAGACAGAGCACAGGAUUGGAAGGAAGCUCUGUACUGGUACAACGCUGCCCUGAACAUGACUGACUAUGAUGAGGGAGGUGAAUAUGAUGGCACUCAGGAUGAGCCCCGGUAUCUACUCCUGGCCAGGGAAGCAGAGAUGCUAAUGACAGGAGGGUUCCACCUGGACAAGGACCCACAGAGAUCAGGUGAUCUCUACACAGAAGCAGCAGAAGCAGCAAUGGAAGCAAUGAAGGGCAGACUGGCAAAUCAGUACUACCAGAAAGCAGAAGAGGCUUGGGCGAUGAUGGAAGAAUGACACUACAAUUAAGCAGUUCUUGUAGAUAAACUUUUUUUAAAGACUUAGUAUGUUUGCAGCUAAAAAGAUAUAUUUUUGUGGCGUUAGCAGUUUUUUGUACUUUAGUUUUCUAACUUCUUUUGAAAUACAAAUGCAGCUAGGAUGUAGGUUACUAUAGCGUAUUUCUGUCAAGUGUUUUAAAGCUGUAGAACAGACAUUCUGGACCUUUUAUAUAGCUAUAUUUUUAACUGUUAGAACAGAGGACGCUGAUUUUUUAACUUCUUUUUUUUAAUGAAAAGUGAAGCAGAAGACUGCUUGGGUUUCACAUGUCCUGCUUUAUACACAGCAACUGAUCAGUGUGUUUACAUUUUUCUUCUCUCCCGCACAUACAAAAUAAAUAAACUUCCCUACAUUCACAGCAUUUCUUCAUUGUUGGUGUAUCUCACCAAACUUGCAUGUGAAUGUAAAUGUGCAAUAUAAGCACGUGAAGCAUGCAGCUCCUCUUAGUAACUAGUCCCAUUCCCAGUGGGCACUGAUUUAUUCUCAGAUUAAUUUUAGAUAGAAUCUUUAGAGUUUGGAGAGGGGGAGGAAAAAAGGUAUCAGAAUGACAGUAAGGUUAUUCAGAAUGGAAUAUGUGUUAUUGCCACCACUGCAUAUCUUACUAUCAGAAAAACAUUAGUGAUCCUAAGGAGGUGAGGCAUCCAGCUACCUCUCUCAUUUUCACAUUUUGUACAGUAUAACAACCUCAUUGUGUAGAAUUCUACUGAUCUCAUGUAGUAGUAUUGCCCGGUGAUUUAUAGCAGCAUGAUCUGUACUAUAUGGGUAAUAUAUAGUUAAUUUUACAGAGACAUUUCAGUUCUCAGCAAAGCAAGAACAUCUCACUUCAAAUGAGAAUACACUUUCCAGCAUUUCCAGAGGGAUAUUUGUAAAACUUGGGCGAUGUUGAUUUACCUGUGCCUGUGUAUAGAAAAUAAUUUAUCUGGUUUAAAUGGCUUUGUGUGUUUUAUCUGCUCUCUUAUGGUUCAAAAAGUAACUUCACAUGAUGCUUUGAUAGAUUUAAGCUGACUGAUGAAGGAUAUAUGCAAAUAUAUAUGUAAAUUUCCAGAUUAUGUUGGGUAACUUAUUAAAUACUACCAUACGGUACAAAGCUUGUUUUCCAUGGUAUUAGCACUGGGGAGUUUUCAUCUGACUUUUAGCAUCAUCUCCUAUAGUUUCUAGGAAGCCUCUGUUCUUCAGAAGAGAUCAAAAAUGGUUUAAUGGUUUUAAGUGUCAGUUACAGAAAAUUGCUGAUUAUAGGGAGAAAACAUUAUAAUCCCCAAACACUUGAAUUCCUGUAACUUGUCUGCAUAAUCUUAAGCCAUGUAUGGUGGUGGUUGCAUUAUCAUGGCAUGAAGUUUUUUUUUUCUUCCCCAAAUCCAGUAUUUUAUUCUAAAAACUGCAGUGCUAUACAGAGAACAUAGCAGCUCUUGCUGUUUCUUAUCUUGGCUAACAAUCAUUUUGCAGGAGAUUAACACAAAACCUUUAUAGCUUGUUGGUGCAGCCAUCUCCUGAGGACAUUUUCUGGGAUAGAGAAGGGGCAGCCCUUAGGAAGUGCUGAGAGUCUGUAACGCAUAGCCAGCCUCACUUCAGCAAAGCUUUUGAGCUUUUAUGGGUAGAACUGAACAUGCUGCAUGUUGAUGCAGUUGAUUUCAGUGGAGCUCCUUGCUUGCAUAUACAAAGACUAUUGUAAAAUUUAGAAACUGCUCAGGAAAGAAAUUCAUUCUUCCUUUCCUUAAUGAGUGUGCUUGUUACUUGGGCCCCAAAGCUGCACUCCCCAUUUACUCUUUCUGGCAAAUGGAUCUUAAAUUGUUGUUAAACAGUGUCAAAGCAUGAUGCUAAUAACAACUGCAACCAUCAGUGAAUGCUUUAAUGCCUAUCCAAGUUGUGUUUUGAGUGCCUAAAGCUUCUUGGAUGUGGCAUUUUUGCUCUUCCAUAUUGUUUAAUUAUUACUUGGUGAUGAAAGGCGAAUGUGCCAUUCAUCUCUGAAGGUGAUUGAAUACUGAGUGUUUUGUGCAAAACUUACAGUGAAGGCAUUGUAACGAGUGGAGACAAAAGGUUUUGUUUUCCCUGUAAGGUGUUGGUGCCAAGAGUUUGAGGUUUUCCUCAAGAAGGAAGCAUAUGUGCAACAACCCCAGCAAGCACGCAGGGAGGAGAGGAGAUUGAAUGUGACCGUCCAAAAUAUGUAAGUAAAGGACUAGAGUAUAAUUACUGACACUUUUUGAUAUAGUUUAAUUUGCUACAUUCAGUAACUGCUGACAGUUCUCUGUAGAUCUGAUAUGUAAAUGUCCAUGUAGCUCAGUGAAAAAAUACCGUGAUCAAUAAUUUGUUUGCCAAUACUUGUUAAUGCUGUAGACUACCUUCAGUCUUAAGGUGGUAUCAUGUUAUUUAGCUGUACAGUAAGGAGGGCUGACAGCAAGUUGAAAAUUAAAAUCGUUUACAGAAAUAUGCACAAUUUAGCUAUGAUGUUCUUUUGAAGAUAAACUGUAUUGACAGACUUUUUGAAUGAUACUGCUCCAUGCUGUAUUUUUAAUCUAUUCACAAUGAAUAAAUAAAAAUCUGUAUUUUUUAAAAAUGCGAGAGUAAA